AUGAGCUCGAACAAGGCCUUCUCGGCGAGCUGUGUGCCCGCCGCCGGUGUCACUCGCGACGACGACAAGCAGAGGAAGAUCAGGGUUCCGAAAGGAUACCCCCUAGUGCUGGUCCGCGACGACGACGACGAGGAGGGUGGUGCAGGAGGGACGAGGGUGUUGGUGCGUGUGAGCGACCUCAAGGAGCCGUGCAUGGCUGCGUUGCUGGAGACGGCCGAGGAACAGUUCGGGUACGGCCAGCAGGGGGUGCUCAAGGUCACCUGUGACGCGCAGCGUUUUCACCACGUGGUUAACAUGGCACGCAAGUCCAAUCCAAAGUAG